ACCACCACCAUUGUAUCAUAAGCAGUGCUUUUCGUAACACCUUUGUGUGCAUAAUACGUUUAUUUCACUAGUGGAAACAAUUUGUUUCCAUUUUAAUUUUCAAUUUUAACCAACUCAUUUGUCAGCUCCACGCUUUGCUUCACUAAUCAAAAUUUUUGGGAGUUCGUAGCCUCGCCAUUAAAUAUGAAGAAACUGUUGAAAAAAGACGAAGAAGAGGAGGAAAAAGGAUCAUUUUAUAAUAUAGCUGGUCUUUUUGAGCUUAGGCCCGACAGUCCAGACGCAAGACCUUUGGAUCAACCUGCUUCUGAUGCGGCCUACGAUCCGGACGAUCAAGCCAAUGGAGCUGAGGAGCCGCCAAUUCCCCUUUAUCAACCAGUAGGUCGUCAUCGAGCGCGUCUAACACAGUCAUCGGGUAGUAUCGCAACAUCUACACAGAUAGAACCUCCACUCUCAUCAUCUCCUCAAGCACAGAGUCUACCAUCACUCCCGAUCAAACCUCCACAGUCAUCAUCACUCAUGAUCGAUUCUCCACUCUCAGCACCUCAUCAAGUACAACGUACAGAGUCAUUGGAUAGCGGCGCAUCAUCUCAACAAGUCCACAGUCUACCGAAACUCGAGAUCGAACCUCCACAAUCAUCAUCAAGUAGUAGCGCAUUAUCAUCAAACGUGUUUGAAUCUCCACUCUCAUCAUCGGAUAGCAGCGCACCACCACCCCAACAAGAAAACAGUCUACCGAUAACCCAGUUCGAACUACAGUCAUCUGGUAGUAGCGCAUCAUCAUCACCUCCUCAAGUACAACGUACACAGUCAUUGGAUAGCAGCGCAACAUCAUCUCAACAAGUACACAGUCUACCUGAACUACCAAUCGAACCUCCACAAUCAUCAUCAUCAUCAUGUAGUGGCGCACCAUCAUCAUCUCAACAAGUACACAGUCUACCUGUACUACCGAUCGAACCUCCACAAUCAUCAUCAUCAUCAUCAUGUAGUGGCGCACCAUCAUCAUCUCAACAAGUACGCAGUCUACCUGCACGACCGACCGAACCUCCACAAUCAUCAUCUCAUCAAGUAGAACGUACACAGUCAUUGGAUAGCGGCGCAUCAUCUCAACAAGUACACAUUCUACCUAAACUUCCGAUGAAACCUCCACUAUCAUCAUCAUCAUCAUGUAGUAGCGCAUUAUCAUCAAACGUGUUUGAGUCAUCAUCGGAUAGCAGCGCAACACCAUCCCAACAAGACAACAGUCUACCGAUACGCCUGUUCGUGCUACAGUCAUCUGGUAGUAGCACAUCAUCAUCACAUCCUCAAGUACAACGUGCACAGUCAUUGGAUAGCAGCGCAGCAUCAUCUCAACAAGUACACAGUCUACCUGAACUACCAAUCGAACCUCCACAAUCAUCAUCAGGUAGGAGCGCAUCAUCAUCAUUCGUGAUCGAUUCUCUACUCUUAUCACCUCGCCAUGGGGUGCUUCCUGCAAUGUCGGCGCCCGAGACUUCUCCUGCUUCCUCGAGAUUUCAGCUGCUACGCGCUUGGUUUUCUACUUCGUGUCUCUAUUCAUCCGACAGACCAUACGCGGGACAAUCUAAUUCAUCCAUAACGUCGAUCCAGAUACGAUAUAAUCCAUUAGGACAGCCGCUUCCGGUACACUGUAAUGCACAAGGAGUGCCAAUCGAUAUGCACACAGCUCCACAACGACGUCCAGGAAUAUAUACUACUCCACCCGGAGUCCGUUUACGACCUACUGCACCCGAAUUGCCACUACAAUCUACUGCUCCCGAAGUCUCGGUACAGUCUACUGCACCCGAAGUCCCGGUACAAUCUACAUCUACUGCACCCGAAGUCCCGGUACAAUCUACAUCUACUGCAUCCGAAGUCCCGAUACAAUCUACAUCUGCUACACCCGAAGUCCCGAUACAAUCUACAUCUACUGCAUCCGAAGUCCCGGUACAAUCUACAUCUACUGCAUCUGAAGUCCCGGUACAAUCUAUAUAUGCUACACCCGAAAUCCUGGUACGAUCUACAUCUACUGCAUCCGAAGUCCCGGUACAAUCUACAUCUACUGCAUCUGAAGUCCCGGUACAAUCUAUAUCUACUGCAUCCGAAGUCCCGGUACAAUCCAGGGAACUCGAAGUGGCAAUCCCUAUAGACGAUCGUUCACCACAAGACAUUCUUCGAGAGAUACGGGACAGGAAUUUUGUAACACCUACGCCAUUUACCAUUGCUGCAGGCUUAUAUGAGGGUACAUUCUUUCUGGCACCAGCGUUUCCGGUACGUAGAAGACCGCCUAUACAAACGUCAUCGCCGCAUACGGAAGUAAUCGAAUUUAAUAACGGGCUUAGUGAUGAAGACUAUGAUUUUGGUGAUGAGGGGCCAUCUGUAAGAGGUUGGUUACAAAUUCGUCGAGAUAGAUAUCUGGAGGAAAUGAAUCGUACGGUUUUUCCUUAUUGGCGGUGCAUUCCAAUAUUUGGUUUUGUUAUUAUUGUUAUGAUUGGUGUUGACAGGCUUUUUUCGAGAUUUGAGCCGGCUAGGGAUCGCACUAAGGAUGAUCCAAAUUUGUAAAUAUAAACUCGGCCUUGCUUUAUUUACCGAAUUCAGUUCUUUCUUUGUUCGAUUCGAUUUUAAAGAAGAUUUUUUUAAAAUAAAACAAUUGUACA